AUGGCGACAGCCGGUCGUCGCGCGCGUGUGGCAGUGGACGUCGUGUCCGACACCGUUUGUCCGUGGUGCUUCGUCGGCAAGCGAAACCUGGAUAAGGCCAUCGCUGAAUUCGCUGACGUGGCGGACGUUGAGGUCCGGUGGCAUGCGUUUCAGCUCAACCCCAAGGCGUCCAAGGAAGGUGUGAGCAAGCUCGACCUCUACCGCUCUCUCUUCGGCGACCGAAUGCCGGCCAUAUCCGCCCGCAUGACAGCCGUGUUUGACGAGCUCGGGCUCAAGUACAGCCUGGGCGGAUUGACAGGCAACACGUUGGACAGCCAUCGGUUGAUCGCGCUGGCAGGGAUGAAGGACAGGGAGAAGGGCGGUGAGUCGGCGGGCUCUUCUUUGCAGCACCGAGUGGUGGAGGAGCUGUUUCUGGAUUACUUCACUCGGGAGAAGUUCAUUGGCGACAGGGAAGUACUAGUGGCAGCAGCAGAAAGGGCUGGGUUGCAAGGAGCAGCAGAGUGGCUUGACAACCCUCAGUCGGGCUUGCAAGAGGUCGAGGCUGAAUUGCAACGCUAUCGACCACGAGUCUCAGGCGUCCCACAUUUUAUUAUUGGCGGGCAGGAGUUUUCAGGUGCUCAACCCCCUGCUGUUCUGCUAGAAGCUCUCAAGUCUGCAGCAUCUGCUAUGUAG